AAAAAAUUAAUAGCAGCAGCAACAGCAACCGACACAAGAAAUGCCAAUUAAAAACGAAAAAUUUCAAAUUUUUAUACUGAUUUGUCUGUAUAUUGAAGCUAUGUGGUGAAGUGGAAAACAGUUAUCAAAACCAGGCAACAAAUAAAUUUAAAACCCCUUGAGAGGAAGGUAGAAGAGAUAGACAGACAGACAGACAGAUAGCCACAAUCGAAAUAAAACAAAAAUUUCUUGCAAAAAAUGUUAAAACACCUUCGCAUUAUCCAAAAUUUAUGAUAUGAUAUUAAAUUGAGAGUGAGAGGUAGAGAGGUAGAGAGAGAGAAAGCGAGAAGUAAAGCGAUUACAUUUUCGGCUUACGUGCAUUCAUUUUGUGGAUUGCUUUCAUUGCGAAUUUGGGUGCUGAAUAAAAUGGGAAAUAAGCCUCCACUCAAUUGAUAGCAGUCAAGAACUGCAUAGUAAAAAAUAUAUAACGAAAUCGUAAAAAAAAUUUGACGCGAACAACAUGUAAACAAUGCAAAAUAUUUAGCCAAUUCAUGGAAUGAUCAUCAUCAUAGUCAUAAAACAACAUCGUUAACAUCAACAUUAAGACAACAUGAUUUACGAAUUAACAGAAGCAUAAGUGAGAACUAGAGUGAUUUUUUGUUAGUGAAAAUUUAGAAAAAUUCAACAUACAACAUAAAUGCCAAAUUAUAGCGAGAUUUUAUUUUUUGUUUGUAGUGAAUUCUCGAAAAUCGAGCAAAACAAAGCCUAAAUAAUAUUACAAAGUUUUUCUUUUGAAGAAUAUUUAUGAAAACAAGUGCAUAGCAAAAUAGAGAGGAAAAUAAGUCAAUGGAAAUCUAUUAUAUAUCUAUUAUAUGUCUAUCUAUAUUUAUGUAUUAAAUAAAACAAAUUAAGUUAAGGGAGAUAUUUAAUUAAGAGUCAAGUGAUUAACUUGUAAAAGUAAUGUGUUCUUCCGAAUUAAAGUCGUAUUGUGCUCUGUGUGAUGAACAUAACAUGUAAAAAUUAAUCCCGUCUGGGAAAUGUAAUGAGUGUAUAAGCGAUUCAAGAGACGAAGAGAUAGAUAUUUAGAGAAAUGUGAAUGCAAUAAUAAUAACCAAAUAGGAAAAAAGAAACGUAAAUUUACUGAUUAAAUUAAGCGGUGAGUUUGGCGGGAGUGACGACGAUAAAACGAAGCGCAUGCUAAAAUAAAAAGAUAACAACAAUAAAAAAGAAAGAUAAAUGAGCCAAAAUAAAGUAUAGUGCAAAUGAAUACGAGUACACAUAGUGGUCCUGGACCACCGCCACUGCCCGAUUGUGGCGGUGGUGCGUCGCAAUCGAAUCGAUUGCCAACGGGUCCAUCAUAUCGGGCAUUAAAAACGGCUGUAUCUGCUUUAUAUUCGGUCGAUGAUUUUUAUAAAGUGAAAAUUGGUUCUGGCUUCUUUUCGGAAGUUUACAAAGUUACACAUAAAACAACCGGACAAGUCAUGGUACUGAAAAUGAAUCAAUUACGUUCAAAUCGACCGAAUAUGCUGCGUGAAGUACAAUUGCUGAAUAAAUUGUCACAUCCGAAUAUUUUAAAUUUUAUGGGUGUUUGUGUGCAAGAAGGACAAUUGCAUGCAUUGACUGAAUACAUGAAUGGCGGUUCGUUGGAGCAAUUGUUGGCAAAUCAUUCGAUUAAUUUAACGAUAUCAACAAAAAUUCGUCUGGCACUUGACAUUGCAGAAGGCAUGGCAUAUGUGCAUUCAUGCGGCUUCUUUCAUCGCGAUUUAACCAGCAAAAAUGUGCUCAUACGAAAAAAGGCAAACUGUCAAUUUGAUGCGGUUGUUGGAGAUUUUGGACUAGCUGCCAAGAUACCGAGAAGUAAGACACGAUUGGAAACGGUCGGAUCGCCGUAUUGGAUGAGCCCAGAAUGCUUAAAGGGCCAGUGGUACGAUCAAACGAGUGAUGUUUUCUCAUUUGGAAUUAUUUCGUGUGAAAUCAUUGCCAGGAUUGAAGCCGAUCCAGACAUAUUACCAAGGACACAUUCAUUUGGCUUAGACUAUUUACAAUACGUUAACCUUUGUCCAACAAAUACACCGCCCGGAUUUUUAAGACUGACAUUUUACUGUUGCAUCUACGAUCCACGUAGUCGACCUACAUUUGUUGAAAUUGCACAGAAAUUAGAAUUGUUAUUGGAAAAAUAUGAUGGCAUACCGAAAACAGUUGAAACCACCAACAAUAUCACAACCACAACCGUUACUACUACAAAUCCCAUUAUUACAUACAAAAAUGCAACAAUGGACGAUGGAAAAAUUGCCAAAAAAUCAAUGUCAACACAACCAUCGACCGCCAACAAGCGAUAUUCCAUUGAUAAUUACUGUUCGAAUUGGUUGACCAAUGCAUGCAAACCGAUUUACACCGAAUCGGAAACACGAAGCGUCAAUGAAAAAAUUCAUUCGUUCAUUGAAAAAGAUAAAGUAGCCAAUGGUCAUCAUUUACGCGUAUUUGGAGCAAAUAAAUUACAACAUCGACGAUCUUUAUCUGAAAACAUCAUUCCGUUUCCACCACACACAACACCCAGCGAUAAAGCUCGUUGCCAUUUGAUCAAUCGAAGAAAUAGUCAACUCAAUGCAAGCUCAGAUACAAUUGAUGACCAAACAACAUCACCAUCACAAUCUCCAAUUGAAGCCAACAGUGAUACGGAUAAUGGUGUCGAGUAUCCAAUUGGGAUAUUUUGUAAUACAACAUUACGAAUUUCAUUACGAAAAGUGGGUGAAACAAUGUUUCUAAAAGAUCCACAAUAUAAACCGCACAUGAAUAGUCAAACAUAUGGUAAAUCGAAUCCAUUUACAACGCUGACACAAUUGAAAGGUGUGAAAAAGAUAAUCGGAGCGAAUCCAUCCACGUAUACGGCUGGUGUAUGCGAUUUAUUUAGUUCAUGUUUUGAAAUUCGGGUUACAAAGGAUACGGCCACUGGCGGCUUUCCACAACGAACAACCAAUGGAAAAACGGGAAAAACUGUGCAACAGGCAAAAAGUUUGCCCAGCUCACCAAAAAUUACACAAAGAAAAUUAUCCAAAAUCGAUAAAUUCGUUUUACAACAAACGUCGUCCAAAACAAAUAAUAAUACAAUUAGUAGUAGUAGUAAUAAUGAAAUCAUCAACGAUAUUGCCAAUAAUGUCGAUGACGAUUUAUUAUUUAAUAAUAAGACAAAGAUGAAUAAUAGUGAUAAUACAAUUGAAAGAAAAAAAAUGGAAUUAUUAGAUGUACCUAAUCAAUGCCAAACGAAUAAUGUAAAACAUUGUGCGGUCAUUGCAAAUGACACACCAAUCGAUUAUUCCAACAACGACGCCGCAAUUAUAAGUAGCCGAACGGGAACGUUAAAAAAGAAAAAUGCUAGCUCAUUGUUUAGUCAUCCGUUGUUUAAGUGUAAAGAUGAUCAUCGUGGUGGAGGUGGCACUGGCGGUGGCGGUGGCGGUGGCGGUGGUGUACGUGACGAUAGUUAUUAUUUCGAUAAUCCGAAAUUGUUAACGCGUGGCGGUUCGAGUGAAAGUGGUUUCUUCUCAUGUCUAACCGAUGAAGACUUUUCAACGCAUCGACCGUUGGCCAAAUUAUCAAUAAACGGUCCAUGCGAUUACGAGCAUACGCUCCAAUAUAUGGACGAUCGAUCGACGGCAACGGCAACAAUACCAAAUUCAUUGCGAAGUUUUGACGAUUUUGAUUUAUUCGAACGCAAUACAACGUGCUGUAAAUUUGAUUGUAGCGGAAAUGAUUCGCUAUCAAUUGAUAUGGGUCUUGUGCAAGGUCUGGUGAAUCGUUUAUCGCUAGAUUCUGAAAUAAAUAGUCUAUUUCAUAAGCAUCAAUUAAAUAAUCAAUUGCUAUAUUGUAAGAAUCGUACAUCGUCAAUAUACACGGAUAGUUCGGAGGAUAUAAGCAGUUUGGCUGGCAGUGAUUCAUUGCUAUGGGAUGAUCGAAUGUCAUCGUAUUCAACGACCAUACCAAAUACACGUUCAGCGCAAAUAGCCAAAAUUGUUGAAUAUUUCGAGCGCAAAGGGCAAACAUUUAAAAAUUCAACAACCAGCACAAAUUGUCCGAUAUCCGCUGAUCGACAUCAUAUUUCAUCGAUCUCAUCAAGUGAUUACACAUCGGUCACCGCAUCGCGUACAUAUCAUCCAUCGUCAAAUCGAUGUUCAAUUUAUUUGCAAAAUAAUAACAGUGCAGUAACGACGACGACGACAACAACAACAACGACACCAACAACACCAACAACGGCUUCAACAACAACAACAACGACGAUGGCAGCACCGGCAAUACCGGCGACGAAUCACAUGAAUGCUUCCAAUGUUUUGUCAUCUGACAACACAAACUAUACUAUCGAAUUAAAUCAAUCACAACAAAUUUGCGGCAGUGGCAGCGGCAACGGUGGUGGUGGUGGUAGCGGUGUCGGAAAUGGCACCGAUAUUCAAAACACUAACAUCCGCAAAACACAAACAUCCGCAUCAUCACCGUCAACCGCUUACCAAACAACAAAUGCACUUGCAUCAACAACAUCCAAAGAAUACGAAGCAUUUUGCUUAGACUUAGAUAAAAGUAUUGCAACACCGCAACGAAUUAAUGUUUGUGAAGGUGUUGUUAAAUCGAAACUGCAAUUAUUUGAUAAGCUACGUAAGAACUAAACCCUCCUCAUCCAAAUACAUCUUCGACUCUUAUUCGGUCGCUUCGAAAACAAAUUCAAAGAUCUUUGUAAGAGAAAUAUGGUUCGGCAACUAUUUUUUUUAUUUCAUGCCUUUCCAUCGAGUUUCGAUCAAAUAAAUCGGAGAACAAAAGCCAAUUAUAAACAAAACAAAAAUUAAAUGAAUGAAUACAGAAAUAAACGAAAUAAUAAAAAUAAUAAUAAAGAAUAUCGUAUUAUUAUAAAAAAAAACAUCACAUGUUAUAAAACACUAUAUUAUAAGAGUAAAAGAACAAUUUAAAACAAAGAGAAAGAAACAUCAUAUAUUACUACAAGUAUAAAUAUUCAACAGCAACAACAACAACAACAAGAAAAAAAAACGAAAAAA